CGAAUUGUCUAUGAUAGCCCCAAGUAUCCGGCCCAAUGUAAAGUGCGAUUGAAUCCCCAGUUUAAUCAUGUCUGACAUUGCUACCAACGAGUCGUCACUAAAUCCUGGUCAAGAAACUCAUCCUAGACCACGCUCCAGAGACGAAUCUGAGGAGAAAAAAGAUUUUAGAGCGCCCUCAUUAUCACAUAGCCUUCAGGGUGCAAACAAUAACGACAGCAGCAAUACCAGUGACACGUCCAAAAAAUUGUCAGGUCGCGUUCAGAAUCAAGGCGAAGGAUCUCAUGGAUCCAUCUUUGGCUAUGAUAGUGGCGAUAAUAGCGACAUUAGCAACAAGAAUGUUAAGACCAAUCGUGAGAAGUUAAAUCGCCGCCCACGCUUGGAUGAAAACAGUGAGAAUGAUCACGAUAGUGCUGAUGAUAGUGACAGUGACAGUGACAGUGACGGUGAUAAUGGACAUCGUUAUUCCCGAAGAACAGGCCAUGGUAGAGGCAGUAAAAGGCGCUUCUCCUCCUCCGCAUCACAUCUUUUGGCACAAGCGCCCCCUGUUCCAGAUCUGAGAUUCGAUCACAAUUAUAGAAAAGCUCUCGAUCAAAUUUAUGAAGCCCAUGCUCGUGAGACAGCAGCAAUCGAAACCACAGAGGAAGCAGCAGCAACAGUAUCAGCCUCCGCCUCAGAACCAUCCUCGUGGCAGAGCCAAAAAGCAUUAAAAAAACAACAAGUAAAGUCGGUUCCAUCGCUAGCUACCCGCAUCACUGUGAUGACGAUUCGCGAUAUCAUUAUCAUGCCUUUCGUCCAUGGCUUCUUCUGGGGAUUUGGAACAAUUCUGUUGACAUUAGCGAGUCAAAGGAGUUUGACCUCACAUCUGAAUAGAACAUGGAGACGUAUGCUUGGUGACCAUCCUGAGGAUCUGCCGGCUAUCUCAACCAGAGGCGAACCCGCACGUGUGCGCACGAGUGGAAGCAUAGGCGGCUUUGGUAACAGAGGGUCUGGAAUAGGAGGCAUUGGGUUAAUGAGCGCAGCAUCUGCAGCAGGCCCAUCAACAGGCUUAUAAAGGGGUUUAUUAGAUGAACCAGCUUGCUUAUAGUCCAUUCAGCCUAAGAAAUAAAAAUAGCAAAUGGUC